CGGGUGAAGUUUGCGCCCCAGAAGCCGGAGCCGGAGAAGCGGCGCUGGAGACUGGCUGCUGCCUCGGAGCUGUCCGCCGCUUCGCUGGUGCUGAAGUCGGGAUUAACGGGAACGCUCACGCUGUACACAAAGUGGCGGAUCAACUCUAUUUUGUUUUUCAGACGUCUUUAACGGGGGAAUCAAAUUGAUCAUUGCGGAAUUAACAGCCCGAAUACACAUUUUUUUUUGGUUUUAAACUAUUCUUAUAUUAAUCUCGUUUGGAAAUACUGUCCUGGAUGACUUGGGACCGGAAAAACAGAAACCCCCCAAUGAGGACACGCAGAUGCCAUGCCCCCGUUCUCUUGCUUGGGUUUUUUUUCCUGGCGGCUCACGGGACGCCGAGCGCCGCUGGACAUGAGCCAAAAAGCCAUCAGCCGUCGGUGAGGUUCCGACACAAGCAGGACGAAAGCCCAGAACCUCUGCCCCUUAAAGGACUCUCGGGUCACGAUGGCCCUGCCGGGUCGUGCGAGAACACGUACUGCGGGCUGGGCCAGCGCUGCGUGGCGGAGCGGGCAGGAGGCGGCUGCGAGUGCGUGGCACGCUGCAGGCCUCACUACAAGCCCGUGUGCGGCUCCGACGGCGAGCUCUACAUGAGCCACUGCGAGCUGCACCGCGCCGCCUGCCUCAGCCGGCGCAGGGUCACCGUGGCCCGCGGUGAGGGCUGCUUCUACAGAGGUGAUAAAUGUAGGUCAGGUGACUACGGGAAGCUAAAGAACAGGAUGCUUGCCCUUCAAAACCAGAAGUUCAUGCGAGAAGGCAGUAAGGUGGACCAGCCAGACCGGAUGCUGCUGCAGAAACUUCUGGUGGACCAGAUGUUUAGCUACUUUGACGCAGACAGCAGUGGGCUAGUCGACAACAGCGAGCUGUCCCAGGUUGUCAAGCGGGACGGACUGGUCAGGGAUAACUCACGGUGUACCCUCUUUGAUCUUCUCAAGUACGAUGAUGUCAACAGUGAUCAACAGCUGUCAAGGGAAGAGUUUUAUAAAGCGUUUGGGGUGCUUCAGCUGAGCCUAGCCAAUGAGCUGCGAGUGAGCGUCUCCACGGUGACAGUGGGCCAGAGCGUGGUCCUGACCUGCGGUGUCACAGGACAGCAGCGACCCCCCAUCAUCUGGAAGCGCCACGACCGCAUCCUCAAUCACCUGCGUCUGGAGGACGUCAGCAUCCCUCAUGAGGACUUUGGAGACGACGGCUCUCUCUACAUCACCAAGGUGACCACGACCCACAUGGGGAACUACAGCUGCUACGCCAGGGGUUACGAGCAGCUUCCACAGACACACGUCCUCCGAGUGAACGUCCCCCCAGUUAUUCAGGUAUACCCGCAGAGCCAGGUAAGGGAGCCAGGGGUCACUGCCAGCCUGCGCUGCCACGCCGAGGGCAUCCCCAACCCGCGGCUGGCGUGGAUGAAGAACGGCAUGGACAUCACCACCAAACUCUCCAAGCAGCUCAGCCUGCAAGCCAAUGGGAGCGAGGUGCACGUGAGUAACGUUCACUUUGAGGACACUGGAGCGUACACCUGCAUCGCCAAGAACGAGGCCGGAGUGGAUGAAGACAUCUCCUCUCUUUUCGUCGAGGAUUCUGCACGGAAAACAAUGGCAAACAUUUUAUGGAGAGAAGAAGGUUACGGGAUUGGGAACAUGUUCUACGUUUUUUAUGAGGACGGCGUUAAGGUCAUACAGCCAGUGGCGUGUGAGAUCCAGAGACACAUCCAGCCCAGCGAGAAGCUGCUCGGACUCCAGGAGGAAGUCUGCCCCAAAUCUGAUGGUGACGCGACGCAGAGUUGUGUGUGGGCAUCUGCCGUCAACGUCAAGAACAAGUACAUCUACGUCUCCCAGCCGGCCCUGAACAGGGUGUUGAUCAUAGAUGUCCAGUCGCAGAAGGCUGUGCAGGCCGUGAGCACUGACCCGGUGCCCGUGAAGCUGCACUACGACAAAUCCCACGACCAGGUGUGGGUCCACAGCUGGGGAGACAUGGAGAAGUCCAGCCCAACUCUGCAGGUGAUCACUCAGGCCAGUGGGAGCGUGUCACACCACACCAUCCACACCCAGCCCCUCGGCCGGCGUUUCGACAGGGUAGACGACUUCUUCAUUCCUGCCACAACUCUCGUCAUUAAUCACGUCAGGUUUGGGAUCAUUCUGCACAAGGAUGAAGCCGCGCUUCACAAAAUCGACCUUGAGACGGCGUCCUACGUGAAGACCAUCAGCCUGGUGGAGUUCAACUGUGUGCCGACUUCCCUGGCCUACACCCAUCUGGGGGGGUACUACUUUGUCAAGUGCAAGCCGGAUGCAUCCGGUUCGGGCUCGGCACAGCUGAUCGUGGAUGGUUUGACGGACUCCGUCGUCGGAUAUAAUGGCGGCGUCACCGGCACCCCCUACAUGUCGCCGGAUGGCCGUUACCUCGUCAGCGUGGACGACAUGGACGGCCUCAUGAGGAUCCAGCCUGUCACUGCGCGGGGCGAGAUCCAGGAGCCCUUCGACAUCCACACCAACCUGCGUAUCUCGCACGUGGCAUUCCAGACGUCCUUCACGGAGGUGCACCAGUACAACAUGUUCGCUAGCUCGGGCCUCCAGACCGACGUCCUCUACGUAGAGCUCAACACCGGCAAAGUGAAGAUGAUCAAAGGCGUGAAGGAGCCCAUGAAGACGACGGAGUGGCCCUGGAGUCGGCAAACCCGCGUCAUCGUGGACAGCGGCCUCUUUGGACGGUACCUGGUAACACCCUCAAGGGAAUCGCUCUUCAUCCUGGAUGGAAGACUGAACAAGCUCAACUGUGAGAUAACCGACGUCCUCAAAAGCAACACACUGGUGUGGGUGGGCGAGCUAUAAAUGCAGAUUUAUGACAGCUGACCAGGUAAUAUUGCACUAAGUCUGGAUGUAAAUAUUACACCAUCCACACAGUUUUGAGAGCAAACCAAUAAUUGAGUUAAAUUGCCUGCUUAAAACGUGUAUAGCAUAUUACUGAGCCCCCAGACCUCCAAAAAGAAGCAGAUAAUGAAGGCAAGUGAUUUUUUUUUUCAAUUAAAGGGAAAAGCAGAACAUAAAGCUGCAGCCCCUUGUACUUAAAAACAAAUAUAGAGAGAAAUAAUUUAUCUUCAGUUCUUGGGAAGUUUCAACUGCCAUAAUAAAACCCAUUUGAUUUGUGGCUCCUAUAUCUGAUUGAUUUUAUUUUGAGCAGACAAAAAAUGUUUUGCCUGCCCUUUAAGGCUGGGUACUUCCACACCAGACUUGUGUCCAUUGUGUUUGGUGCCUCUAGGGUGUGAAAAGUCACUAAGAGGGCGGAUUGAUUAUUACCAUCGCGACUGUUGAUUACAGCAGACCAACCUUCAAGGAGCAGGGAUCAAAGCACAUGGUCAUGGUUUGCUAAUUAGCACGAAGGGGCAGGUCAGAGGGUGACGGUGUUCACAUAUUGCAUAAAGAGCCGCGCGAGUGGGAGACGAUCCACCUUGAAUGUCCUUGGCAGGGGUAGGAUGCUUGGUAAGGCCCAGUGAUGCUUCUGUAACCCGUAUUUGGCCAAUCAGGGCAUGAGAUGUAAUAAUGUAGGUUGAAGUACAUAGCAGAGAAGCUUACAGUGUUAGAUGGGAGUGUGGCUUGGAUUUGAUAGGGAGGUAGAGUCCUGUUGAUUGUUCUGUCUAUCGUGGUGUGAUUUCUGUCCCGGGAGCAUUAUGCUAGCAUGCUUUAAAAGCAGAUAGACACUCUAAAUCAGAGGUUUGUGUUCAAAUGUUUUACCAGGAAGACAAGGAUUAUUGAAUAACUGCAUUUUCAGCUUCCAUACCUGUUGUAAAAUGCACAAGCUCACGCUGUCGUGUGCUUCCAAGUUAUGGACAGUCAUAGUCUAUGCAUUCCUGUCUUAUAAGUACAUUUUGGGAACAUUUAUGAUUAAUACUUUAAAUUGAACUUAAUUCUGUUUAUGAUAUCCCCUGCACAAUAAUAAAUGACAGAUUGAGGUUUUUUUUUCUUUCAAAAUGGCUCAUGCUGAUGGACAAACUGACCGUUAUGUACAUACUGUUAUAUAAUGCCGUGUCUGUGGGCCGAACCACACGUCAGUCUGCCUGAAUGUGCUCCAGGGCUACUUUGAUAAUUUCUAGAGACUGAAUCUACAUCCUUUUUUAAGAAAAACGACGUUGACACAAAACUUCUCCAUUGUCGUGAAAGUGUAAAACACGAUGAGGCUUCAUGCACCAUCCCUGUCUUCUCCAUCUGCGGCUGGCCAUGUAUAUCGAUUCAUGUGGUUGAUAUUAAUGUAGAAAACUGCUAGACGUUCACUAAAUAAUAAAGCAUUCACCUCUGAAAAUGG